CAAAUAUAGUUGUUCAAAAUAGACUUUCGCCAGAAAUUUCCAUCUCCUUUCCAUAAAAACAACUCUCCUUCCUUUUUUCCCUUUAUAAUCUCGACAAAGAGAGAAGUUAUAUAUAAAAUUUUAAGAAGUAAAACUCUUUUGUAAAACUUUCAUCGUUUAAAAUCAUGGAGAUCAACGGUCAAGAAGGUCAUCGACACGAAGAAUCAUCAUCAGAGUGGUUCGUAAAGUAUCUAAAACAUCAAGGCGAUUGGUUAGAGAAAACUAGAGGGAAUCUUAUGGUUACAGCUACGGUUAUAGCUGGUAUGAGCUUUCAAGUUAUGGUUAAUCCUCCUGGUGGCGUAUGGCAAAGUGACAAUUGUUCUUUCGGAAAUCAAACCGGAACCGCACCGGUUUGUAAAGGAAAAGCAGGAACUGCGGUAUUGGAGUAUGAGAGUUCAAAGCGUAUAGCCUAUCUUGGGAUGGUUAUUAGCAGUACAGUGUCGUUUUCUGCCUCAAUGAGUCUCAUUCUCCUUGUCAUCAGCGGUAUACGACUAAGGAACCGAAUGAUAAUGGCGAUCCUCGUAACAUUUAUGGUAGUGGCGGUUCUUUGUAUAUCGGCGGCGUUCUUCUUCACCAUCGUGCUGGUUCAGUCCGAUGAUCAGAUAAUUCGUGAUAUACUACUGAUAUAUGUGGGAUUUUGGGUCAUAUUUCCUGUUUUAAUACUUUUAAUCCAACUUGUUCGAUUUAUAGGUUGGCUUAUUUGUUUCAUGUGUUGUUGUUGUUGUCAACGUCGGCGACGGUCCCCUCAACGGUUGUUGCCACUGGCUCCAUCUCCGGCCAAUUAAGAAGAGAAGGAACCCGUGGUUCGAACCCACGUAUAAAUUUGGGAAUUGGUGUAAGCUAAGGAAAGUCGUAAACUCGUACUAGAAUAAAAGUCUCCCAAGGUCAUUGUUAUACCGUUUAUUAACUGUGUGGGUAAAUUGUACUUUUUUAAAAAUUCAUUUGAUUAAUAAAUAAUAAUUGUAUGUGCGAAUUAUGUGAAUCGUGGCAAUUGUGUGGGUUUUUAUUGUUAUAAAGUUGAAUAAUUUUUUUUU